GUUUUGGUCUUGAAAUUUGUUUUGAUUUUCAGUCUGGUAUUCAGUUUGAAAUUUCAAUUUUAUAAUAAAAAAGAUUGAUGUUGAAAUCUAAAAAAUAUCAGAGGUGUAAUAUUAGCUAAUAUGACACUCGAAAAAGAAAUAUCAGUGAUCCUUGAUGAUGAGGAGGAACCACUUUGCAAAAGAUUGAAAAUUGCCGAUAAUGCUUUCAAGUGCUCCGAAUUACCACUGCAGUGUAAACCUCUGCUGUUAAAGUGGAUAUUGAAAAGUAGUGUAAAGACUUCUGAAGAUACUUGGCGAUUUUUGAAUGAAUGGCUCAGUUUGGAUCAUUUUCAAAAACUUACUAGAAAUGAAAUUGAUAUCAAAGAAAUAAAGGGGUUCAUUAAACUUCUUAUCAAUACAUUGGAAUCUACUCAGGAGACCAAUGAAAAUAUAUUGGAAACUAUAAUCAACGCUGUGGGAUUUCUUGUGGAAAACAGAACCUUCUUACAGUAUUUUGUAACCAAAAUAACUGAUUACUGCAGACUAAUUGCAUGUGUUUUGGAUAAAAUCCAAAGCCCAAUGAAGUUCACUGAUUUCAUAAGAAAUAAAAUAUUAUUUCAUAAAAGUCUGAUACUUGCAAAAGACUUUGUAUCACAAUUUCUAAGUAUUGUUAUGCCAAAGUUUGUAGAACACUUAGUCAAAUUUGAUACUAAGGAUGUAUUUCUUGAAGUUUCCAAAGUUAUUCAAAAGUGCAUAUUUUACAAUAAUCGUAGAAUGUUUGCAAAUUUUAUGGAUCAAUUUUUCACUGGAGCCGAUUACGAGGAUCUUACUGUGCCAAAAACUUUGUUCCUCAACCUUCUAGAAGUUUAUAAAUUAGAUGAAGGCAUGGCAAAGGUUUAUGUUAAACUGAUGAGUCAUGCAUUUUCUGUGGCAUAUGAUGACUUCGAACUGUUCCAUAAGUUCUUCAUAGUAAUGCUUUACAUACAAGGAUUUGAAUUGAGUCCAGAAUUAACAGCACAUUCAGGUAGUAUCCUGGCAUUACCCGAUAAAAUAAGAGUACAGAAAAUAUCCCUUGAUACCACUUUGGAGUUGCUGAGGGUUGUGUCUGAGACCAAAACCAACUUAGGGUGCAAAGUCAAAGACAUUACCUUUUCUGACUUGCUGAAAAAUAUUUUAACCGAUUACGUCUUCCUCAAAAAGCCUUCGAGUACAAAAUACAAAGUGGUUACGGAAGUUAUAAAAAUUGAUCCUUUAAUCGUUCAGUCUUUGACGGAUCAAAUAAUCGUUUACUCAAUGAUGGCAGAUAAUAGAAAAUACCUGGAAGCUUACGAACAACUUGUGGUAUCUGUGUUUGAUAUCUAUUCAAAGCUACAUCGAGUGGAAAAUCUAGUGUCUAAAAUGGUGGGAACUUUAAAACAAACGAUCAAUGUACAUUCUGGUAGUGGAAAAGAGAAAGUAAAUAUGUUUGAGGAGUAUGACUUGAGGGUUGAAGAUAUCUUCACAAAGAAUAUUUUAUCAACUUUCAGCAGGUGCAUCAGUAGCUUGGCCAGCUGGCAAGUGAUAAAUGUAUUCAAAACACUUAUUUACUCUUUGAAAGAGUCUCUAGAAAGAAUGAGUGAUGGUGAAGGCAACAAGAAUAUUGGUAUUUAUAUGCAUAUUUUGAGUGUUCUGAUAGGCACGUUUCUCUCAAGCAUAAGAGUAGCAGAGCAUACAGUGACCGCCAACGUUAUUGAAAAAACGAUAAAGUGUUUGGAUGAAUUGCAAGAAUUACUACGAACGUUCGGAAUCCAUCUUCUCAACAGAGAGCAUGAUCAUAUUUUGAUGAGAUCGUUUCUGAACAUUGCUUUUUAUUGGGCCGAAAUGUCUAUGAUAUUGAAAUAUUAUUCUGUGUCUAUGAAAAAUGAGCCCGACGAUAAGCUUCCGGAUAGCAAUUAUUCUCCGUGUAAUUUGACAUUCAUACACUCGUAUUUGAACGUUCAAGAGUGGUGUUUGAUCUCGGAGAGAAUCACGAAUUUCGGAGAACCUCCUUGUAAGCAGCUGAUGUAUAAAUUAUUUAUUCAACGAGUAAGAGCGAUGCAUCUUUUUCUUCCCAAAAUCAAUGACGAUAUCGUAACAAACUUAUUGAGGAAUAUCACGACAGAUCUGGAUUGCAUUGGAAAAUAUCUCUUAGAAGACAAAUUUUCUGUAAAUUUUUUGCUACCUAGAAUGGAAACAAAUACAAUAGUUGGACUCGCCGAAACUUUUUUCUUGAAUCAUGAAAGUUUCAUGAAUUUCCAAAAAUAUCAACAUAUAUUGAACUCCUCGAUUAUUUCAAAUGCUGUAAUAUAUGUUUGUAUUACAAAGAUGAAUAAAUUGAUUUCCAAGCAAAAGAGGAAACGUGAUGAAGACACCACAAAAGUAAAAUUGAGCACAAGAAUUUGCGCUUUAUUGAACCCAGAAUUUUUUUUAACCAACGACGAGCCUAAAAACUUACUGAAAUCUGCUGUUCAGAUUUAUUCCGACUCUGAAAAAGAAAAAAGUUGUAUCACAGAAUGGAAAGUCAGCGAAGAGAAACUGUUGGAUGUGUUCAGGGUUUUGAGACAUUUUCCAGCUAUUUACAGCUCUGAUAACGUACAAAAAAUGUAUCUGUUAUAUUUUUGUUCGUUGCACAAAGAUCUGUCCAGCGAGUUUCUUAAAGGGAACUAUAAGAGCCUCCAGUUAACCAUAGAAAACAAUAUUAUAGGCAUGCUGCAGGAGUGUAAAUUCAAACUCAGUGACGUUUUCAAAAUUGAACAGCUUUGUUCAGACAUAUUGGACAAUUUCGUUUGCGGCGAAGAAACGUUUUCUCUUGUGAUAGAAAAUAUUUUCAGAUCUAAGGAGUCUGUCCAGUAUGCUAAAUCAAUAGUUUCGAAAGUGAGCAAGCACCUAUCAAACCCUCUGUAUAUGCAGUGCAGUAUCGUUAUUAUGAACGGUAUUAAUAGGUUAAAAAAAUCUAAAAUGCCCAAGGACGUUAAGAACAUUGCCGAUAGUUACAAGGAACUUAUAUGCGAGAGAAUUUUACAGCUGGUGCUGAAGAAUGAACCGACAGAGAGUUUGGUAGCAGGUUACGCCUAUUCUCUCAAGCAUUACCUGUCUCAAAACAACGCUGACAAAAUAGCAGAGUUUCUUAAUGUUUUUGACAAAUAUAAUCAGUUUGCUUUGGGAGAUGGAAAUAAUUUCGGAAAAACUGGGUAUUUAACGUUGUUUACGACGGUUUUGCAAAAUAAGUCAAAAAUAAAAGCAGUAGGAGAAGCCUUCCCCCUUGAUGUUUGGAAUGCUUGCAAAGGAAACGAUUCAGUCUACACCAGAUCGGAGGAAUAUUCCCAACUAAUUUCAUUGAUUGUCGGGCACAUACCAAAUGAAAAUUUUGAGUUGUUCACGAAAGAUUUGCUCAAUAUUUCGGAAAGUGCUUUGGCGAAAGAGGACUUUGAACUGUUUCCAAAACACCUGAAAACCUGGGAAGCCAUUCUAUCUUCUGACAUGAAUCCCGUCAAAUGCAAAGUUUUACAAAGUGCUCUAGAGAACUUGCUGUACCAAAUAUUUAACUUACUGGAAAGUCAUGAAUAUGAUGCUGAAUUGUUUGAGAGUGUAUUGAAUAUUGAAAAGGUCAUCAUUCAGACCAGUCAUAUGAAUCUAACGCCGGCAAUAAUGGAUAUACUCCUCUUGAAUAUGACAACAUUACUGAAUAAACAAAGUGGUGACUUUCCGAAGAUCUGUAAUUUUACUGUAUCUUUAAUGUCGAGCUUAUUGAAAUAUAGAAAACCUCUAGUCAUGGACCGUUUACCACCGUUUCUGCAGCAAUACAGAAAAAUAUUGAGAGCACUAUGUGAAAGAAGCAGUUCUGAUUCAGAUAUCGAUGAAAAUUCCAUCAAGGAGAUUUCCGACUGUGCCCAUCAGCUGGAGAAACUGACGAAGAUUCUAGUAAAUUUCCAGAAGGAUAUGGGAAGAAUCGCCAUGUACCUGAUAGCGGAUAUUUUAGAGCAAUAUGAGAAUGUAACGUUACUCGCAAACGUCAAGAUUCACUUGAACAACUGUAUAUACAGUCUGAUGUCUAUAUGCGAUCAACAUGCAGUUUCUUAUUUGAUGAGGGUUUUAUCCAGUGCUUCUACAGAAAUAUUUAAAAUUAUGUAUGAAAAUUACAAGAAAUAUUAUAGAUUUACUGGAAAAGUUUGA